AGCCAGCAUGUUUACCCACUGGGCUUGGAGCCAGCCUUCUUCCCCUGGUUCUUCCUCUCUCUGUUUCUCAAUCUCCCCUGCUUUAAGAUGGCCAGAUAUGAAAAGUUGCCAAUCGGGAUGCCAGAACAUCAAAGAGAUCUCUUAUGAGAGCACACAAAGUCCCAUUUGUUCAGCACUUGGACGGAGAUGCCAGCAGCUUCCAGGCAGAGAGAGAAUCGAAGCUGAGCAUGUUUUCCUCAAAUAUAACCUGGUCUGCAGAGGUGCAUCUCUGGCUUCAACAUCACCAUUGAUAACUUCAUCCCCAAACAAUUUUACUUUCUUGGAGCUGAAAUGUCAAGCAUCACCAUUUGUGUGGAGGGGCUUUGCAGAGCUAAAAAACCCAACAACAAGAAAACCAUCCCCCAACAAUGAUUGAAGAGUAUUUCAUUUGUGUAAUAAAAGAGCUGAAAAAAUAUUCCAAUUGAGGAUUCUCUGGACACCCACAGUCUCUUGGCCCUGAAGAAACAGUUGACCUUUCUCUGGGAUGGGGCAUAACAAAAGACAAAAAUUAAGUCCUGAGAGUCAGAACUAAAAGUCAGAAAU